CUCUUUAUCAGGGUUGGCAAAACGUCGUUGCCUUGACAUGUUUAGUCAAAUCUAUUGUUUCUGCGUAUUGGAGCUCAUUUUUUAUUAGUUUUUUGUCGAAACAAAUUGCAUCAGUGUUCUACAAGAUUUAUUAUAUUUAUUGUACAAUGCAAAAUAAACCACCCCGAAAAUGAGCUCACAAGAAAACAUGCAACGUCCUAAAGGCGACCUCGAAACCCCUCUAUCUCCAAAAAUGGAGUCUAUUGACUUUGGAAAACACGACCCUGAAUAUCACUUGGCGAACGAAACGUUGUCAUCGCCAAGAUCCCUGCAAAGCACCAGAUCGCUGCGGAGCAGGACAUCCAGCGAAGCUGGAGAUCGGCCCGCAUCUACACGAGAUCGUUCUCCUACCAAGAAAAAUCGUUCUAGAAUUAUCCGGCCUCAGCCUCACAAUUCCAGCAUCCCUUUACCUAUGAAAAUUACUGCAGGACCAAUUAAACCUUUACCAGCAGCGAAAAUUCCCAGCAAGAUUGUUUGCAAGACUCCUGUUCCUCGUUUGAACGUUUCGGCGAAUAAACAUACAUUGGAAGUUCAGUUUAUCAAUAAAAAUAAACGGCUUGUGCAACUGAAAAAGGAGUUGUUAGAAAAACAGAAGCCUGUUAUCGAAAUAUACCAGAGUUUAACGACGAUUAAAAAAAAAUUGCAGCAAAUGGGGAAAAAUGUUAAAUUAGAUGAAGUCAAAUUAGUGCCCUAUCAAGAUUUGAAUGAAACACCUGAAGAGCAACAAGAGCAAAUGUCUAUGGAAAUUAUCGGCAGCAUGAAAUUAUCUAUUGAAGAAAUCCCAAAAACCCUAAUGGACAUAUGCAAAAAUCUACUCAGCAGAAGAGCUCUCAUUGUAGAACUCUUAGAAAGCGUCACCAAAUCUGAAGUAGACGUUGGUCUAGUCUCCGAAAAAAUAACAUCCUUGAAGUGUGAAGGUCUACAGCUUCAACAGUCCUUGGACAUGGUAAUAAAGGGACAGGAAGUGAAAAUUUGCGAACUGGUUGAAAAUUGGCAAAAACUACUAAAGGAAAAACAAAGUAGCACCAACGACUUGAGAAUCGAGGAAUUAGAAAAUAAACUCAAAGAAGAGCAAAAAUCAAAGGAAGAAUCUGAAAUUGUAAUUCGCGAUUUACACAACAAAAUAGACGAACGAAAAACUUUCCAGGAUAAAACACUAGGGGAGCUCAAUGGAGUUGUUAUUUCUUUAAAAGAACAAAUAAAAAAAUUAGAUCAAGACUUGGAAAGUGAAAGAAAAGCAACUAUAGAAUUCAAAGGCCGCAAUAGCGCAAAUGCACAAACUUUAAAAAACUUGCGAACAAGAGUAAACGAAUUGGAGCGUCAAAGUUCUGAAAAGGAUACCACCAAUGCUGAGUUGCAAAAGAAAAUCAAAUUACUUCAAGAUCAAAUGAAACAUAAAGAAAUUCUGUGGAAUAAAGAGAAGGAGGAAAUGGCUAAAAGUUUAAAACACCAAGAAAAUCUUUUGCAAAAAGUUACUGCAGACAAGAAUCGAUUUGAAACCAGGUUGCAAUCGGAGGAGCAAAAUAAUGAAGAAACUAAAGGACAAAUGCAAGAACAAAUUAGUCUAAUUACUGAAAAAUUACUAAACUCGCAAGCCCAACUGGAAAAAGUUACUUUAGAGAAAAACCAAAUUGUUGAGAAAAAUAAAGAGUUUGAACAGUACAUAAGCAGAACGAGUGCCAGCUGUAAAGAGACAAUGAAUAAAGUCAGUUGUAGCAUUGAAUGGGGCAACGCUUCGAGACACGCAUCAACACCUGAAGCAGAAAACUAUAUGCUAAAUGUUGUCAAAGAUGUGAGAAUAAUGGAGCUUGAAGAUAAAUUAAAUCAAAUAGAACAAGAGCGCAAAUUGAGUCUGAUAAAUGCCAAAUCAAAAAUGGAUUUUAUAAGGCCAAGCAUAAUUGAGCAUGAGCUGGAAACGCAAAAGGAUCUCGUCAAGGGUUACCAGUUGAUUUUGGAAGAUGGCGAAAAAAAGUUGAAGCAUAAGUUGAAGAAUUUGAGAACAAUAGAGAUUGAAAAACUUAACGCUCAAAUACACCAACUGAAAGUGCGACAGGAAAAGUAUGAACAGGAAAAUGGAGCAUGCUCCUUCCAAGAAUUGAAACGGAUGCUUGACGAUGGCAGACAAAAAUUGACAAAUGUUGUGCAGAGAUUUGUGACAAAUGAUGACAAAGUAGAAGAUCUGAGGGCAUUGAUUGAAAAGCAAAAAAUUCAAAUGAGCGAAAUGGCAAAUUUGAUAAAGUAUCGCGAGAACGUAACUAGCGUUCUAAAGAAUACUCGUGACAAAUUGAUGGCUGAAAAACAAAGCCUUGGAAGAUAUUCAAGAGAAGUUAGAACUAUAUUAAUCGAGGUAUCUACACAAAGUACGAAAAAAGAUGAAAAACUCAAAUACUUCGAACAAAAAAUUGCAUCGCGAGAAACCCAAAUAGCUCAACUAGAAAUCAAUUUGAAUAUCACACAAGAAAAGUUACAAAUUGUUACCGAUAAACGUUACAAACUUCAAGAGACCAUUACCAAACAAGAAAAAGACCUUCAAAAAUCUAGCAAGGAAAUCGAACAAUUAAAAACUAUGCUUAAUAAAAGUGGCAAAUCGUCGUGGGGCUUUUUAGAUACUAUAUAUGACCUUGCCCAAAAAGAUAAACCUAAUAAAAAAAUUAUUAAAUGUUGUUCCUCUAAUACUUUGAUGCCAUCAACUCAUAAAAAUUCAAUUUUAGAUUCUGAGCCAGCAACUAAUACGCAAAAGGUUUCUUUUUGUAAAAUGUAUCCACAAAGCCAUUGCUGUACGAAUAGUUCCACCAAUUCUCAAGUUGCCAAAUCUAGUGCUUUACUGGGUCAUUCGUUGCAAACUAUUGAUGUUGUUACGACCAGGCUGAAUUUUCUCAAUGCUCUAACUGAAGAGUCAUUACAUGUCUGUGACAAUAUUGUCAAUUGGGAUGGCGAUAAUUUUAAAAGCCAAUUUGAACAAGUAUUUAAAAUGGCUGCCCAUCGAUACGAGUAUACACAAAAUCAGGCUAAAAAGUCUUACCAGGAUUUGACCGACUUGCUUAAGUUUGCAAUUACUCAUAGUAGUAGCACUCAAACCAAAUAAAUUUUGUUUUUUUUUUUAUUUUAAAAUGUAUUGUUCUGACAAAUUUAAUAUACAGCAAAUAUUAACAUCGAAUUCAAGUAAAUUUUUAUUAGGAAAUAAUAAAUGAGGGGUAAUACAAAACAAUUUUUUUCCAAAAAAAAAACAGUUACUUCUGAUUUUGAUCAGAUUAUACUUACCCAAAUAAAAACCUGAAGCACAACCAAGAAAUUUUGUGGCAGGUUACAAUCAUAAUAUAAAUCAAAAUUAUUGUAAAAACUCAAUAAAAUAUUUUGGGAAGUUUUGAAUAAUUUUUUCCUUAAACAAUUUAGUCUGUAGUACCAUUAAUGUGGUUCUUAUUUCUUAUUGUUUUUUGCAGUACGUGAGCAUCAGCUGGUUCUAUUCUUUUGUAAUAAUGUUCUUUGGUUUCAACUAUUUCAAAGCCGAACUUUUUGUAGAAAUCAAUGGCACUUUGAUUGUUUACUUGAACAUGCAAAAAUAUGCUAUCAAAGUUCCCAUCUUGUUCCACAUAACUUAAAAUGUGUUGCACCAUCAAAGUUCCAAUGCCAAGUCGUCGAUACGGAUACAAGCAACCAAGAGUCAUUAUAUACAAUCGCCUGGAGUUUUCUGUCGUAUCGAUUCUACAGCAAACAGCCCCCACGACAAUGUCGUUGUAGUAAGCUAGUUUAGCCAGUUCUCCAGCCUCCAAGACAUCCUUAUAGAAUUUGUCAUUGUAGGACACUGGAAAUACUACGCUGUUGAGCUUCUUGAGUUGUUUUAUAUUGUGCGGAGUAACGUUUCCUAGUUCUGUGUUGGUCCUGGUCAUUUUUGGUAUUGUUACUUGAGUAGACUUGUAGGAGUGAAUUAAUAUAGUAUUUAAAUGAAGCCGUUUUUUUAAUUUUUGUAAAUGAAAAAUUUUUCUUAACCCUAACCUCAAAACAUGAGUUUCAAGAGGC